CACUCACCACAGCACUUGUCUCCACUCCCUGAUCCCGAAGAAGAAGAAGCCAUAGCCCAUAGCUUGCGCGAGGAAGGAGAUGGAGGCGAAGAAGCUGAAGGGGGCGGCCACCAUGGCCGCGCUGUGCGUGCUCCUCCUCCUGGCGCUGCUGCCCAGGGAGGCGGCCGCCAAGUCGGAGUUCUGCAAGUGCUUCGACGACUGCUACUCCGGGUGCGUGAACGACAACGUGCCGGGCUACGCCUGCGAUGUGUUCUGCGCCAACGAGUGCAGCCCCAACACCAACCUGCAGCCCGGCUAUGGCGUCGGCGUCGGCUCUGCCGCCGCCACCUGCAGGAUGGCCUGCAAGAUACAGAUCUGUGGCCACUCAGCGGCGGCGCCGACCGAUGCAGCUGACGCCGACGUCUGCGUGCAGAACUGCAACAGGAAGCUGAGCCAGAUGGCCCAGACUGAUUAUCCGCCAAACCGCUCCGUUUUAGGAGAAGAGAAGAAGAUUUGAAGAGCUACCUUGUCGAUCAAGGGAUCAGUACAUAUACUAUAUGAAUAUGAUGUUGAAUGGCUGUGAUUGUAGCAGCAACCAAUAAAUUGAGUAUGUCGAUAUGUAAGGCAUAAUAUACAUAAUAUGAAGUU